GAAGAGUUUAGUUACCUCGCUCAUCCGGGUAAUUGUUAGCCGGAUUGCAACAGUGACGCACCCUCAGGUCCGUGGAGCAAUGCUGUCUUUUCGACCUUCAUAUUUUUUGACUACGAAAAAAUCUCUCUCAUCCUGCAACUCAUCAAGAGAACAAAAUGCCACCAACUUCUGUCACUCUGAUCUUUUCACCUUACCAUGUGGGUCUCCGCGACCACCGUGUUGGCAACGGCCCCCAUCGCAUCUGCAAGCUUGGCAUCAUCAAAGAACUCGAAGGAUUGAACAUCGACAUUCACAUAGAAGAGCUCGAAGCGGUCGAUGAAUUUGAAGGAGAGAUUGGCAAGAGCUUCGAGCUUCUCCGGCGAACUUCGACCGCUGUCUCGAAAGCUUGCGCCCACAACUCGUUCCCUCUCAUCCUCUCGGGAAACUGUAUGGCUACCGUCGGCGUAGCAGCAGGCCUUGGUCUCGAAGACCUCAGCUUUGUUUACUUCGACGCUCACGAUGACCUGGAAACCCCGUCCACAAACACCAAUGGCUAUCUCGAUGCUAUGGGAAUGUCUAUGCUCAAGGGAGAGAGCUGGCACAACCUGAUUGCCACCGUGCCAGGCUUCAAACCUCUCUCUCUUGACCGCUUAGUGUACUGCGGCCUCAGGGAUAUCUCAGAUGAGUCGCGUCAGAAGGUCAAGGACAUGAAACUCGACGUGGUCUGGGGCGACUCUACAAAAAAGGUGGACUUUUCGACAGAACUCGGAAAUGUGCUUGAUGCUCGCGCUCUUGGCCGUACGCAUGUGCAUCUCGACCUCGAUGUCCUUGAUGAUACACUAGGUAAAGUCAACGAUUAUCCAUCGCCUGGAGGACUUCUCGAAUCGGAUCUUAUCAGCUGCAUGGAGCUCACACCGAAGAAGGUCGCUCCAACAUCUCUGACGGUCUGUUCAUUCGACCCUCAUGCAGGUGACGGUGACAAGAUUGCAAAGAUUGCAGUGCGUGCAAUUUUUACCUUCAUGUCGUCUCUGAUUGAGACUGGCGGUCUGCUGCGAUCUCAGUCUUGACUCGGCAAGUGUAUCUGAUAUACAAGCUUGGAUAGCUUUUGUGUAAAAUCGUCAUUCAUUUUGCGCGCAAUCACAAGACUUCGAU